ACUUUUGAAAAACGCGGAGUUACUGGAAAAAAAAACCCCAAAUUAUUAUCCAUUUCAGACAAACCCUAAAAAUCCUCAAUCAAAAAUCCAAUAAAAUCACCGAUGACGACAGCCACCACCACCACCACCACCGAAACCACCACCAAUUCCGCCACCAAAAACCCCAAAAAGACAAAUCUUUUAGAUCAUAACUCCAUCAAACACUUACUAGACGAAACUGUCACUGAGAUCGUAACAAACCGUGGAUACAGUGAAGAUGUGAGAACGAGUAACAUAAGAUUGCUGAUUGGAUCGGUUAUUAUAAUAAUAGCAUUAUUUGCUCAGUUUUAUAAUAAGAAGUUUCCUGAUAACAAGCUUUUCCUCAUUGCCUGCAUUCUUUCGUAUGUGGUAUUCAAUGGGAUAUUGCAGUUGAUCAUCUACACCAAGGAAAAGAAUGCGUUUUUGUUUACCUACCCUCCUUCAGGCUCUGCUUAUAACAGCACUGGCUUGAUGGUGUCGUCUAAGUUACCCAGGUUUUCUGACAUGUACACUCUCAUGAUAGCCAGCGCUGAUCCAAAAUCCAUUUCUGCAAAACCAACUGUGGAGCUCACUAAAAGUGUUACGAAAUGGUUCACAAAGGAUGGCGUGUUGGUGGAAGGGCUCUUUUGGAAAGAUGUUGAGGGCCUAGUAGACAGCUAUGCUAAUGCUAAAGAAAACAAAAAGAGCAAGUAAAAUGCGUCUUCAUAUGUAAUGAUUGUGAUUGAUUGAGGGGAAAAGACCUAAAGUAAUAGACAAUUGCAACAUUGAGAACUUGUAGAGGUAUUAUACUCCAAACAGUAGUUGAUCUUUUUUGAACUUACAAA